GAAAGCGCCCAGUUCCGUGUUUCGCGCCGCGGCCGCCGACAAGUGUUGCUGUUGCUGUUCCGCUCGCACUCACAACCGCACACACACUCGCUGCGGGAGCGAGCGAGAGAGGCAGACAUUUACGCAGAACAUGUUUUCGCAAUAGUGUUGGUGUGCCGUUUGUUAUUGUUGUUAUUGUUUCCAUCGCUUAGGGCCGUUAAUAAAAGAUAAAUAAGUGAAUAAUUGAAUUAUAAAUAUAGAGGGUACAACCACACUCUCAGCGUUGGAUUAUAUACAUAGAUAAAUUUAUUGCACCGUACCCCUGAAAUGUGUUAAUUAUAUAAAAAAAAAAAGGGUAAAUAAGCUUUGCGGGGCGUGCAAGAAAAUUAACACAAACACCAAACGUAAACAGAGGAGAAAAGUCGGCGGUGAAUAAAAAAAAAAAAAGUAGUCGCAAUCCAAAUCCACAUCGAAAUAAAAAUGGCCGAGUCAACAACCACAUCGCCAUCGGUGACGAGCGAAGAUGGCCAAAUCCAUGGCUGCAAUAACAGUGAUAACGACUCUGGCGACUCGUGUCACCUGCGAAUCGUUGUGCUCAGCGGCCAGUCGCUGGCCAAAAAGGAUAUAUUCGGCGCCAGCGACCCGUAUGUCAGAAUCGAUUUGAACACAAUCAACGGUGAUAUAAAUAUUGACUCUGUUUUGACAAAGACCAAAAAGAAGACACUGAACCCAAUCUGGAACGAAGAGUUCAUAUUCAGAGUUAAACCGUCUGAGCAUAAGCUUGUCUUUCAAGUGUUUGACGAGAAUCGCCUGACACGCGACGACUUUCUGGGCAUGGUGGAGCUGACCCUGGUCAAUCUGCCCACGGAGCAGGAGGGCCGCACCAUCGGAGACCAAAGCUACACUCUGCGCCCGCGCAGGUCAGUAGGCAGCGCCAAAUCCCGCAUCAAGGGCACCCUGCGCAUCUACCACGCCUUCAUCCGGGAGACGCGGGAGCAGAGCGAGCCGUCCAGCGGCAACAGCGACGGCGAGUGGGAGCACGUGGAGGCCACCAAUGCCGGCGAGACCUCGUCGCAGCCGCACCCCUUUCCCACUGGCGGCCACGACGCCCUGCCCGCUGGCUGGGAGGAGCGCCAGGAUGCCAAUGGGCGCACGUACUAUGUGAAUCACACGGCAAGGACGACGCAAUGGGAGCGACCUACUAUCUUAACGAGCAACAGUAGUCAGUCCACUGACCAGCUGGGCUCGGAUUUCCAGAGACGUUUUCACAUCAGCGUGGACGAAACGGAGUCAGGACGUUCGGCGCCACAGAGGUCGAGGAACGCUACUCACAUGGAGGCCCUGGCCAGCGAGGAAAGCAGUCAGGAUGAGGAUGAGGAUGGUGAUGUGGCUGAGAAUGGGGAUGAGGAGAUGGUGGAUCUCCAGAAUAAUCAGGCCAAUUGUCUGCACUGCGGCGAGCUGCAUGACAAUGAGGAAGCCGAGGAGGAUGGCGAUGAGCCGGAGCAGGACAAUGUGGAGCUCCAGCCACCGACACCUGACCCAGAUCAGCCCUCGGCCACAUCCCGAAGCGCGCACACUUGUGAUAUACUCGAUAGGAACUUGUACCUGAAACGCAUAUUCGACACCAUCAGUCGGAAUAGUUUAGAGGACAAUAACAAUGUUGCUGGCUUAGCAACGACACCAUCAACAGAGGCAACCACACCCACAACGAUCUCACCACCCAACACAUCAACAAACAACAAUGGAUUUGCCAUGUUACCUUGCCAAGAGGGCGUACAGACGGACCCAACAGUGGACCAUACCAGUUUUGUUUACAAUUCCCUGCGACAUCCUGUCGCCCAUAGGCAGCCCGAAAUCUCGGCGACCAGUUUGCAGAACGACCUGCGGCCGGUGCGAGAGGCGCCCGGGGUGCCGGAUGUGGCCAUAACCAAUCUGUUGACGCGGCGGGCCGCGGGCAACAUGGCCGACGGUCUGGGACGACAUCAGCAGCGGCGGCGACAGCAGAUGCAACUGCACAUCCAGCAGCAUCAGCAGCGGCAACAGCAGCUUCAGCAGCAGCACCAGAAUAGAAUAUUGCUUGAUGUGGAUCAUCGCCAGCCGGAGCUGCAACAUCGGGGGCAACGAAACCAGCAACUUCAGUUGCUCCAGCGACAUCAGCCAUCGAAUGAAGACACCGAUCACACAGACAGCCACAAUCCCUCCGACAUCUCAGCUCCGUCCACCCGACGCAAUUCCGAGGAAGACAACGCUGCUGUGCCUCCAAUGGAACAAAAUGCUGGUGGCGAGGAGGAACCCCUGCCACCGCGCUGGUCGAUGCAGGUAGCCCCUAACGGCAGGACGUUCUUCAUUGACCACGCAUCCCGGCGGACCACCUGGAUUGAUCCCCGCAACGGAAGGGCCAGCCCUAUGCCAAAUCAGACGCGUCGCGUCGAGGACGACCUGGGUCCCUUGCCCGAGGGCUGGGAGGAGCGGGUGCACACCGACGGACGCGUGUUCUAUAUAGAUCAUAACACGCGAACCACGCAGUGGGAGGAUCCUCGCUUGUCCAAUCCAAACAUUGCCGGACAGGCUGUGCCCUACUCCCGAGAUUACAAACAGAAAUACGAGUAUUUCAAGAGUCAUAUUAGAAAGCCUACCAAUGUACCAAAUAAAUUUGAAAUACGUAUUCGCCGUACAUCGAUUCUAGAGGAUUCUUACAGAAUUAUCAGUUCGGUAACCAAAACCGAUUUACUAAAGACUAAAUUAUGGGUGGAGUUUGAGGGAGAAACUGGGUUAGAUUACGGAGGCCUUGCUAGGGAAUGGUUCUAUUUACUAUCGAAAGAAAUGUUCAAUCCGUAUUAUGGGCUCUUUGAGUACUCGGCCAUGGACAACUAUACGCUGCAGAUAAACAAUGGCAGCGGUUUGUGCAACGAAGAGCAUUUAAGUUACUUCAAAUUCAUCGGCCGCAUUGCGGGCAUGGCUGUGUAUCAUGGAAAGCUGCUGGAUGCCUUCUUUAUUCGUCCAUUCUACAAGAUGAUGCUGCAGAAGCCCAUUGACCUGAAGGACAUGGAGUCUGUGGACACGGAGUACUACAACUCGCUAAUGUGGAUCAAGGAGAACGAUCCGCGCAUCCUCGAACUGACUUUCUGCCUGGAUGAGGACGUUUUUGGCCAGAAGAGUCAGCACGAACUAAAGCCGGGUGGCGCCAACAUAGACGUGACAAAUGAAAACAAGGAUGAAUACAUCAAACUGGUUAUUGAAUGGCGUUUUGUGGCACGUGUCAAGGAGCAGAUGUCGUCCUUCCUGGAUGGCUUCGGAUCGAUUAUCCCCCUGAAUCUUAUUAAAAUAUUCGAUGAGCAUGAGCUGGAGCUGCUGAUGUGCGGCAUACAGAACAUCGAUGUGAAGGACUGGCGCGAGAAUACUCUAUACAAGGGCGACUACCACAUGAAUCACAUAAUCAUCCAGUGGUUCUGGCGGGCGGUGCUCUCGUUCUCCAACGAGAUGCGUUCCCGCCUGCUGCAGUUUGUGACGGGCACAUCGCGCGUGCCAAUGAACGGUUUCAAGGAGCUGUACGGCUCCAAUGGCCCCCAGAUGUUUACCAUCGAGAAGUGGGGCACGCCCAAUAACUUUCCAAGGGCACAUACCUGUUUCAACCGCCUGGACCUGCCGCCCUACGAAGGCUACCUGCAGCUGAAGGACAAACUGAUCAAGGCCAUCGAGGGCAGUCAAGGAUUUGCCGGAGUUGAUUAAUAACACCGGCAACGGGAGUGAAAGCGAAUGGCUUUGGCUGGAGGUGCAGCAACAGUUUCAGCAGCGCCGGGAGGAGGAGCAGCUACAACGAUUCCACACAUCACAUGAACCACAAGAUCAACAACAACGACUUGAGCAGCAGCAGCAGCAGCGAAAUCAGCGGCACAACCGCAACCUCAUUGCAUCCACUUGGAGCAGCACCGCCAGCAGAUCGUGUACUUAUUUGUUCGUUUGCUUUUGUAUUAUAAUCAUUUUUGCUAGUUUAGUGUUAUUUCGUAUGUACUUUAACUAGGCGCCAAAACUCACACAACACUUACACCUUAUACAAGCAGAUGAGAGAAGGAUUCAAAUAAAGCUGCGCAUGGUGAGCCACAAAAACCUAACAAAGAGUCCAAAUUAUAUAUAAAUAUAUUUAUUACAUUGCCGACAAUUGUAAAAAGUUUAGAACAUUUUACAAACUAAGUGAGAUGAGAGGAAUCCAAACUAACUAUUAAAUCUAUAGAGUCAAAAGUAUAUCUUGUAUGUAUGCAGAGAAACCUUUUUAUAAUUGUUAUUUUUAUGCGCUAUUCCUCUAUACAUGCCCACAGCAAAUACCUAAUGGCGAUAAAUUGAAAAAAAUGCAAGUUAAUGUUUGUAAUCUGAAGGAUGCAUAUUUUUAAAAAAUUAAAUUUUUCUAUUCUGUAUAACUGUAUGUGUAUUCGUAAUAAUAAUAAUGUUAGUCCGUAAAAGUCGCUCUUUACUAUUUAAUAAAAAGACAAACAUCAAAUAUAUAUUAAAAAAAGAAGCCUAUAAACUAAAACCUUAAAAAUGCAAUCAAUGUAUAUU